GCCAAUAGGAAAUGCCUUUAAAAACUUGAAUGACAAGGAAGUGAAGGCGCGACCACAAACAAUUCGAAUCGUAACAUACAGUAGUAGAGUGCUUCAACAUGGCAAGCAGCGAUAAGGAGAUAUCUUACAGUGAUCUCAAAACUCUCUUGAAGAAGGGUUCAGGAAUAAUUGUGGAUGUGCGCUCCAAAGAUGAAGUAGACAGAGGCCGUAUUUCAGGUUCCAUCCACAUCCCAGUGGAAAAUGUGGAAAGUGACAUGUCCCUGGAUUCAGCUGAGUUCAAGUCUAAGUUUGGUGUAGCUAAGCCUUCUUUGGACUCCUCAGAACUGAUUUUCCACUGUCAGAUGGGAAGACGUGGAGCUGUUGCCACAGAGAAAGCCAGAAGCCUGGGGUUCAAUGAUGCGCGUAACUAUGCUGGGGGCUACAAGGAAUGGUCAGAAAAGGAGGGCAAAUGACCAUCUUCAAACUCAGACAUUCCAGUUUCAACUUGAGAUCCGGGGCUGCAUUACAAAACCACCCUACUGUAACCUAGAACACUAUCUUAUCUGUUUAGUAACCAUGGUGUUUUUAAUCAUGACAUCUGGAUCCCAUUUCACACCUUGAACCAAUCAAUAGCCCCAGUUUUUUUAACUCUAAAAAUGUUAAUAAUGUUUAUACAUGUCUAUUAUAUUAAAGUUGACC